GAUGCUGGCACUGCAGGUGGCGGCUUUCCCCGCGACACUGCGUCUCCUGCAGUGGCACUUCAAGUUGUGUUCCUUUCAUAUUAGGUAUGUAGAAAUUCUUACUGCCACUGAGAACUAAUCCAGUUGUUUUUUUCCCCUUGAAACAUGCUGUCUCAGAUUUUUCUUGAUUUUGAUGGAUACAUGAUUAGAGAGAGAUACUUCCCUAUUAGAAAACAGCAGAGCACAUGCCCUGGUAAACGGCAACCAAACUUCAGCUAGAGACCAGGACCUCGUGGGGGCUCCUACUGCACUUGGCUGGGGCAGACUGGGCUUAAACAUGCCAGGAGCUGGAACGCUUCAGCCAGUUGCUGUGUAGUUGGAAUUGGGCCCAGUGUUGUCAGAUGUUUUGAUCUGUAAGAGGAGCCAGAAAUCUGGAUAUUAGGGACUAUUUCAGUUUUUGGGAGGCUCAAAGUACCAGCCAAUCUAAGCAAGUCAGGUUGGGUGCAAUCCAAGGCCAAUAGUUUGCUGUCCUUGAUCUGACUUAUAAGCUGUUCAAACAUGGUUUGCUUAUCAGUGUUCUCCGUGCCCCAAACGAGCCCUCUCACACGUUUGGUAGUCAAUAAACAUGUUGAAUAAAAGAAGAAAUGGACACUGUCCUUAAAAAGGUAUUAGGGAUGGAGUGGUAGUGAUUGCCUAAAACAUCUGCAGAGGGAGGAAGAUUCUGAGCACCUAUAACAUACCACCAAUUCAAGUGUAUUCUCUUAUUUAACGAUUCCACAGUUCUGCUUAGGGAUUCUCACACACACACACACACAGAGCCGCCCACCCCAACUACACACUUUACGUGAGGAAACAGGCUAAGAUGAAGUCACUUGCCUAAGACCUUAUGCCUCCAGCCAGUAAAUAAAAAAAAUAAUGACCUCCGAAGCAACUACAAGUUUACUGAUUUUCCAUUUGAGUGUUCAAACCCAUUCAUUGCUGGGAUUUUGCCUGCAUGGGAAUCAGAGCAAGGGGGUAAGUCUGCAGAAAUGUGGAAUUAAAAGAUAGGUUUAUUUUGGAGCAAAAUAUUUUCAAACCCAUGUGUAGUUUUUUCAUAGUUCUCAUUUUUCAUAAAAACUUUGAAGAAUCUCUGCAUGGAUUUCAAAGUGGUUUUGCACCAGAGAACAUCUCUUUUAAUUCCAUUUUUCAGGAACAUUUUGAAGUACCCUCAUACUGGAAAAGGAAGCCUGCCUUCCAAAGGUUUGAGUCAUCUAAAGUGGUUAUAUGACUACAUUGGUUUUAAUUUAAGGCUUUUGGAGAUAAUGGCACCUUCUCCCUGAUCAUUGAUUAAGGAGAACUGGAAAUGAUGCUAAUGCUAAUUUUAGCCUAUAUGGCAAGCCUUUAAUAUUUGUUAACUAAUUUGGUAAUGUCUGUUUAAUAGGCUUAUCUCCAUUUUACAUACAAGGAAACUGAGGCUCAGAUUAAAGUCCCAGAUCACUCAGAUAUUAAAUGAAUGACCAAUUAGGAGGAGACCUUCUGAAAUCCGUCCCCAGACUCUUAUGUCACUCUGAGAUGUUUUCAUGCCUGUUUAUUUCCCAACCUUUAGUUAUCCAAUGACCAUUUACCGAUGAAAGUUCAGUAGAAAUAUUUUAUGUAUUGAGUCCAAAUACUGCAUGGUUUAUGCGUAAUAUUCCCUAAUUAUUAUUUGUUGAUUUCCCAGAGGGGAAGAACACGGCAGGGCUGGCCAUUGUCCUAAACCUUUUACAGCUAUGGACUUGCCAGAUGAGACCCAGUGGGAUGAAACCACCUGCAACUUAGCGCUCUGUCAGCAUCCGCAAUGCUGGGCAUCUUUCCGCCGGAUUGAGAGGGGCCAUCCUCGGAUCCUGGGCUCACCAUGCCACACCCCCGUGGAUCCUGAAGAUAAACUCCCCAUGCUCACUGUGGUAAACAUCUCAGGCUCCUGCUUCCCUGCCAAGAGACUUGCUCGUCGUCCAUUGUCAGCAUCUGCCGUCACCAAGGCUCGUGCCUUAUUGUCUCGGGAAUCAAAAUUUGACUCAAAAUUUCAAGACAGGCCACAGAAGGGUUUACCUGACGAUUUGAGCAGCCUUACUGAGAGACCUCCCAAACUUUCAGUGUUGAAUUUGAAUGAGACAGAAAUUCCCUCCUCUAAAGACAUUAGAAAUAUGGUUGUGGUCUGGAUCCCAGAAGAACAGGAGAAGCCUGUGAGCCAGCAUGAGAAAAAGAAAAGAAAGAAAUCGACAGUGAAAAACAAGUUGUCUCUGGGUCUGCCUGGAAGGCAGCACACAAGAGCACGGUUGAGAGCGCCGGCGAUAACUGUGCCCCCCGCUUCUCCAGUCCAUUUGUUUGAGCAGUUCAGUUCGGAAUCCAUGCCUGUGUGGGCCCACGUUGACAUGUUACCUCCGGAUCUGCUGGCCGACCUUUUCCCAGAUGGAGGGAGAGACAUGCCUUGCCCGGAGUUGAAGAUCCAGCUGGCCAUGGUGAAGAAGACUCUUCCCCUGGAAAAGGACCGGCCCGACAGUGCGCUUUCUUCUAAGAUGUUUCUGACUGCCCACCGCCUCACCCUGCAGAGACCAGCGCUGCGACAUCCUGAGCAUUGGAAGAAGUUACAAUACAGCCUAAAGAUAGAAGGUCUCAGGAAACAGCAGUGGUGGCAGCAGCAACAGAGGAAGGGGGCUAAAAAGAAAGCCAAAGGCGGUGCAGAGAGGCAGAACGUGUCUCGUCAACGUUCGGUUAACAUCGUCUGUGACUCUCUCUGUGAAUCCGAUGGGAUGCUGCAAGAAGAAGGUCCUGAAUUGUCUGAGACGGAACCUGCAGAUGAGAACAAUAGCACUGCCGCGGAGGCUGUGCUGGAAGUUGAGGCUGCCAGGCGAGAGACCUCCAAGAGGCUUGCAGGAAGCGUGGCCGGAGUAAGCUGGAACCCUGAGCUCAAACUCCUGAGGAUUAUCCAGGCCACUGACGACGAGGAGGAGCAGGAGAACCAAGCCUCUGGGGCACAGAGCGAGGAGUCUCUGGAGGCGUGGGCUGCGGACGAGGCUGAGGAAGCCUUAUCCAGAGCAGAGUGGCUGGCAGCCCGCGGAUCGCGGCCUUCGCUUUAAGGGAAGAAGGGAGAGGGGACUUCUGUCCUCAGGAGCCUCACCCGCGCCAUUCUGUUGCUGUCAUUCACUUCUUGCCUCUAAAAUAAAUGAGGGAGAAGAGCCCCACCCAUUUUAAACUUAGAUUAUUUCUCUUUCAUGAGAGUCCGAAUAAUUUUAGUGAUUAAAUGCAACUACUUUUCUAUCAAAAGACUUAUUCUCUUGUCUCGGGGAGGAGGGGAGAGAGGUUUCCAGUUAGAGGAGCUGCAUUUUGCCUAUGGGAACCCUCCUGCUGUUCCUAGAUUUUCUUCUCCUUCUUGGAAUUGGUUUCUUUUAGAGGUGGGAUCCAAAGCUUUAUCAAAUACUGUGCCCCAGUCCACGUUUACUGGACUCACACUAACCAAGAAGAAUUCAGAGCUCUAGUUUCUAAGGGGCUGAGUCUGCAGAAGUUUCAGUUUGACGCUCAUCGAGCUUCAGAAUUCCGUAGUCUCAAAGGACUUAGAACUCAGGUUUUGUAAGGAGUUUUUUUCUCUUGUAUUUUAGUCUUUAAAAAUAUUUUAAUACGGUAAAAUUUCAAAGUUAUGUAAAAGUAAAGGGAAUAAAAAAUGAAACACAUAUGUACCUAGUAUCUUGGAUCUGAUCAAGAAAGGCCCUUGGCUUCGGGCCCCUGCUUUGGAAAGUUCUACUCUGGCCCACUGCUGGCCAUGCUGCUGUUCAUGGAAAUAAAUCUACAGCAAC